AAGCAGUAGCCAGGAGGAAUUUAGGCCAUCCAGGGCAAGAACACCAGCGCUCCAAUGAGAGGGUAAGAGAGAAGGGAAGUAGCAACAGCUGCUGCCCACUUCCCACCUCAACUCUCCCACCCUCUUCCAGGUUGUUUUGGACAAGGCUGGCCUUUAACUCUGGCUCCUCCAGCCUCCAACUUCAAACUACUCGUUUUACAUAGCAGGAGCCGCCACGCCCAGUGUGCUCUAUGGACCAUGUGCUGCUAUGGAUGCCUGAAGUUCUUGACCUGCAGGUUGGGAAGACGCAGCCAUCUCCAUGCUGGGCUGGAUUAAGUGCCUGAUGAGGAUGUGGUUUCAGCGAGUUGGGGUCAGCAUGCAGUCGGUACUAUGGUCUGGAAAACCAUAUGGUUCAUCUCGAAGUAUCGUAAGGAAAAUUGGUACCAACUUAUCUCUGAUUCAGUGUCCAAGAGUUCAAUUUCAGCUUACCAGCCAUGCAACAGAAUGGAGUCCCACACACUCAGGAGAGGAUGUGGUGGCAUCUUUUGCUGAUGUUGGAUUGGUAGCCACUGAAGAAGGAGAGUGCUCAAUAAGACUCAGGGCAGAAGUCAGUUCCAAGCCUCCUCAUGAGGAUGACCCUCCUUGCUUUGAGAAGCCCCCAAGCAGGCACACUUCCUUACCAAACUUGUCUCAAGACAAGCCUUCUCCAAAGAUGCCGCUGGCCAGUGAGGAGGCCUUGCAGAAGAUCUCUGCACUUGAGAAUGAGCUUGCUGCCCUUAGAGCUCAGAUUGCCAAGAUUGUGAUCCUGCAGGAGCAACAGAGUCCAAGUGCAGGUUGCUUAGAUUCUUCCACAUCUGUUACUGUAGCACCACCACCACCUCCUCCCCCCCCACCCCCUCCCCCUCCGUUGGUGCUCCACCAAAGUACGUCUGCUCUUGAUCUGAUUAAAGAAAGAAGAGAGCAGAGACUCAGUGCUGGAAAGACUUUGGCUACGGGCCACCCAAAGAAGCCUGACAUGCCAAAUAUGCUUGAGAUCCUUAAAGACAUGAACAGUGUGAAGCUACGGUCAGUCAAGAGGUCAGAGAAAGAUGUAAAACCCAGGCCAGCGGAUACUGACCAUGCUGCCUUCAUAGCUGAGGCUCUGAAAAAGAAGUUUGCAUAUCGACACAAUAGCCAAGGAGAAACUGAAAGAGGAAUUCCAAAGCCAGAGUCAGAGGCCACCUCGGAGCCAGUCCUGUUUGGCCCGCAUAUAUUGAAGUCUACAGGGAAAAUGAAGGCUUUAAUUGAAAAUGUUCCCGACUCCUAAUGGACAAUGAAUUCAGAAAGACUCCUGGUUCACCUGAGUUUGUCUAGGAGAAAUCACCAGUAUUUAGUAAAUUCCUGACGGUAGUGUUCAUUGGUCUCCUUCCUUCUGAGCCUAAUUAGAGGAGUAAGAAGCAGUGAAAGCACCAGGAGGAGGUCUGGCUUCUGAGACGCUCAGCUCUGCAGCUCUCCUGAACACACACGUACUGUGUGCAUUUCCAGUUCUUAACACUAAAGUCUGUGCCAAAGGUUUAUAUGCACACAUUCCACCAGGAAUGGCAUCCGAGAGCUCACUGUUACCUUCCUCUUCACUGAGAGUUCACUAGUCAGCGAUGGAGGGCUGGUACACUGUUGUUAUAGCACACUAUUGGAGCUGGGAACGCCUCGGACAGGACUUGAGUAUGUUCUCACUUUCUGUUUUCUGGAGCUGAGUUUACAUAAACAGCAGAAGAUGUUUACUGCUGAGUGUGUGUUGCUUUCUGUUAGAGGGAAGUGAGGACCAGGAAGGCUGUUUACACCUCAAUACCACAAUACUGGGAAGCAAAUGUACUUCUCACGUAGUAACAAAUCAAACUACUGAAUUAAAUCAUUCCUUAAAUAGAAGCCAGAAUGUAUCAUCUUUCCCAUCAGUUUAAUGUGGCCCUAUAAAGAUGAUUUGUUGCUAAGUUAGCAAUUGUCUUAGUUGAGGUUACCAUCACUGUGAUGAAACACCAUGGCCAAAAGCACCUUGGGGGAGGAAAUGGUUUAUUUCACUCACAGUGCCAUAUAGCAGUUCUUCAUCACAAGCAGUGAGGGCAGGAACUAAGCAGGGCAGGAUCCUGGAGCCAGGAGCUGAUGCAGAGGCCAUGGAGGGUGCUGCUUUUACUGGCUUGCUUCCUAUGGCUUUGCUCAGCCUGCUUUCUUACAGAACCCAGGACCACCAACCCAGGGUUGGCGACCUUCCCCAUCAAUCACUAAUUAAGAGAAGGCCUUGCAGCCAGAUCUUAUGGAGGCAUUCUCUCAAUUGAGGUUCACUUCCUUUUUAAUGACUCUAGCUGUGUCAAGCUGACAAACUAGCCAGCACAAUACUUCUAGAAAUGUCAGCGUAAUUGAAUUUAUAAUUUUAAUAUACUGGUCAAAAUAUCCUUUAUAAUGAAACAUUACUGAAUAGGUGAAUAAAUUCCCUUUAAGCUAUUUAUUAUUGGUCAGCCAAUGAAUUAUAUUAUGCAGAUAAACCUUCGGUGUUAUUAGAAAGUUAUCUAGGGCUUGGAAGGACUUAUCUAAAGUACUUAGUAGUUUUCCAUGAUUUUUGUGUUUCUGAUAAGACUCUUUAAUGUCAGAAUCUCUUACCAUGAGUAAAUAUUUGGAUUAUUUAAAUCUAGACUAGUGGUUCUUCCCAGAAUUUAGAGAUGGGAAGUGUAGAUAAUAUUUUAAGUUAUUGAAAAUAGGUGUUCUAAAUCAUAACAAACAUUGGGCUAUUUUUCAUAGCAUAUUUAGUUUAAAUUGUGGUAUGUUUUUGCUGUAUAUUGUUUCUAAAUAUUUUAUAUGGUUUGAAAACUGUCUUUUAUGAAAUUCAGAAAAUUUGUGUGACCACAUAUUUUGACCUAAGAGUUUAUAUUUAUAUCAGUAUUGAAUUUGGCUAGCAGUCUACUAUAUAAAAGUUAAUAUUUUAAAAUAAAGUAAGCUGUUGAAUUUUCUUUUAACAAUACUAUUA